AUGUCGCCGGCGGUCAUGAAUUUCAGUUCUCCGAGCACCUCUUCCCAACAAUCCCAUUCAUCUCUUCAAAACCAUUCAAACACUUGUAAUGGUGAAAUAACUUGUUCUUUUCCUUCGUCUUCCGUGCCGAGUGUGAGGAAUGUAUCGGGUCGGUCGAGGCCGAGGCUAGUGAAGCUGAGGAAACAACAGGGUAGUUCUCAACAAGGUAAGUCAAAAUCAGCACAAAAUGGUUCGGGUUUAAAUCUAUUUCGGUCGGUGUCAGAAAGUUCGAGUCGCGUUGAUGAUGCUGCAAGUACUAAUACUCCAAAUCGUGGUGGUAUAGCUGGUGAUGUGACGUUUGGGAAGUUUGAUUAUAAAAGUGAUAUUGGGUUGAAAUCGAAUUCAAGGAGAGAAGAGUGUAGUGGAAAUGUGGGAAAAUUGGUGGCUAAUGUAUUUGGUGGUAAUGGGAGUCAUUCUGGGUCGAAUUUGAAUUUGGGCAAACGAGAGGCUAGUGGAAUUUCAGGGCAGGUGGGUGCUGGUGAGUUUGGGAGGGUUGACAAUGUAGGUUUCUUGUUUGGUGUUAGUAAGAGUAGUUUGACAUGUGAUUCGAAAUUGGAAAAUGGGGUUUUUGCGUUUGGUGCUAAUAGGAGUAGUUCACCUACACAAUCAAAUUUGGAUAAUGGGAAUUUUGUGUGUGGUGUUAAUACGAAUAAUUUGGCUGCAAAUUUGAAUUCAGGGCAGACAGAGUCUGAUGGAAGCAUGGGAAUAUCGGGUACUGAUAACUUUGUGAAAUAUAAUAGUGUGGGUUCUGUGUUUGAUGCCAAUAAGAGCGAUUCGGCUCCAAAUUCAAAUUCGGGGCUGAGCGAGUCUAAUGUCAGCGUAGGAAAAUCUGAUAAUGAAAGCGGUGCAGGAAAAUUGGGUGCUGAUCAGUUCGGGAAGUCUGAAAAUGUAUGCUUUGUCUUUGGUGCUGAUAAGAGUAAUUCAGGGGCAGUUUCAAAUCUGGAAAACAGGAAUUCAUGCAGAAGUGGGGGGACAUUGUCUAUGAAUGGGUUUGGGCAGUUUGUUAAUGUGGAUUUUGUGUUUGGUGCUGGCAAGUCAGUGUUGAAUGCAGAGGAGAAAGACACUGGCAAAAAGAACUUGGGUAUUGAUGAGUUCAGGAAGUUAAGUAAUGUGGAAUUUGCGUUUGGCUCCAAAUCCAAUAUGGCGGCAUCAAGAUUAAAUUCAGAAACGAGUCACCCCUGUGAAAAUGUAGGAAAAUUCGGUGAUGAAAAAGGGAAAUUGGAAGAGGAAAAUAAAUUAGAGGUGAGGACCCUAUAUAAUGUGGAUUUUGUGUCUGAUGCUAAUUGCAGAAAUGUCACAUCAAACAUGAAUUUGGGAAAGAACGAAUCACUUGAAAAUAAUGGAAAAUCAGUCCCUGAACUGAGGGAGAAGAUGAAAUUAGACACAGGAGGAGAUUUUGGGAAGGUUGGGUAUGCAGGCUUUGAGUGUGGCACAAAUUCGAGUGAUUUGAGGUCAGAUUGUAAAUUGGAAAGGACAGGUUCUGAUGAAAAUGUUGGUAAGUCAGUUUCUUAUGAGGAUGGGAAUUUGAGACAUAAAGCACAAUGGAGGAAGUUUGGUGAUAUGGGUUUUGUGUUUGGUUCUAAGAAGAGUGAUUCCACAUCAAGUGCAGAUCUGGAAAUUAGUGAAAACGGUAGAAGUGCUGGGAAAUUGGAAUUUUUCUGGGGGAAUAAUAUGAAAGGAGACGUUGAAACAGAGUUUCAGAAAGCUAUAGGUGGUGAUGUUUUUGUAUUUUCAAGUGGCAGCAAGGAAAGUUCCACUUUCAAUGGAAGUAAUGAGGUCGGUGAUGGUAUGAACAAAUGGAACAGUGAAAAUGCUGAAAAAUGUACUAGCUUUGUGAAGAAGCAAAAUGAAUAUGCAGGUUCGGAUGCUAAUGUUAUGCACAAUUUUGUAUUGGGGAGUACUAAUAGUUUGGGCAGUGCUAUUAGCGAACACCCUGUAUUUAAACUAUCAGAUGAGAUUAAGACAUUGAACAUCAAUGAUUCUGAAAAGGUGAAUGGUACUGACAAGACCAGAUCUUGUGAUAAUAACUCAUGUGCUGAAAGUGAUAAUAAGUUUGUGCUUGGAAGCAUUACCUCCUGGAAUCAGCUCAAAGGUGCAACCUUAGAAGUUCCUGGGAAGGGUGUUGCUGUUGAGAAGACAGAAGGGGCUAAUGUGAAAACCGGCAUUAAGAAGACAUUUCCAUCUGGAAAUAAUGAAACAAGUGCUGGUUCGUUUGGAGGAAGUGCGGAAAACAUAUUGCCUGCUGAACUGAGGAAUACAAACACCAGAUUUGGUGUAGGAGUUGUCAGGGAACCAAUUAACUCCGGAAAGGAGAACCACCCAUCAAAUAUGGACAAUAAGAGUUUGGAUGGGGGCCCCUUUCCUCGACCUCAACCAAAUGAUGACAGGUCAUUGCAUAAAGGCCCCAUAUCAUCUUCAUUGUCUUCGAUGGGCGUUAGUUUCUGGCCAAAUGGUAGUGUUACUGAAGUACCUUUUGUUGCUGAAGAUGAAGUGAAGGAUGAAUUUUGUUUUACAAGCACUCCAGUUGGAUUAGGGGCAUCCUUUACAGAUUUCAGUAAACCAAAUUUGAAUGCGUCUUGUUCUUUUACAGCGAGUUUAUUUCCUGGGUUAAGUAAAAAGUUGGAGUCCAGUACAAAUAAUAGAUCAGUCAGGCACAAAAAAUGGAAGAAGACAAGGGGAAAGUUGAAGCAAUCUAUGCAUGUUCAACAGUUAGCUGGCGAAGAUUAUUUAUCAAAACAAGGCAUUUCCCAGCAGAAUCUUGAGUCUCCUGGAUGUGGUUCUCCUAUGGAUUUUGCUCCUUAUGAAGAUACCAACAAUAUACCAUCUCCUGCCAACUUGACUGAUUUUGCUGAAACAAAAGAUGCAGAUUUGGCGGCUGCAGGAGAACAAUCUGAUAUCAAUGAAGGUGACAAGAAAUAUAGUGAACCAAAUAAUAAAGCUUCUGGGGACUAUUUUAAAAAUUACUUUGUGGCUGACCGUUCUGUGGAAACGUUUGCUUGUGGGGCUGAAGCUGAACAAGUUUACUCUGCAACUGAGAGGGACAGCAUUGAUAGCCCUGCUGGUGUUGCAUCAGCAGAAGCUGACUUUUUCUCAAAGACACAGAGAGAAAAUAGUGGCUGCACGGCGCCAUUUUGCUUUGUUUCAAAUAUAGAAAGUUCUGGUGGAAAAAAACCUCCCUUUUCUGCUUCAUCCUCUGCACAAGAUGGUUUAUCAGCCAUAAGACGUCAGUACAGGAAGAAAUAUAAAUUAAAAGUUGGCUGUGGUUCAGAUCGUUCUUCCCCAAGUCCAAAAGUUGACUUUGCAUCUUCGUCAGUCCAAUUUUCACCGCUUGCUGGCAAUUCUUUGCAUCUUGACUCACUGCAGGUUCAAAAUGAAGUAACAUUGAACUCCCAAAGCAUAGGGAACCAUAUAUUUAAAGCAGGUGAAGAUGUCAAACAGGGGUUCCGUGAGGCUUCAAUCAAGAAAGCAUGUGAGCUUUGGCGUGUGAGGGGCAACCAAGCUUAUAAGAAGGGGGAUCUGUUUAAAGCUGAGGAGUUCUAUACAAAAGGCAUUGAUGUCAUUCCACAUACCAAGCAAUCAGGAUGCUGCAUUGAGCCUCUCGUGUUGUGCUAUAGCAACCGUGCUGCCACUCGGAUGUAUCUAGGACAGACGAGGGAAGCCCUACGAGACUGUACAAUAGCUGCUGCUCUAGAUCCUAGCUUUCUCAAAGUCAAAAUAAGAGCUGCUAAUUGUCAUCUAUUGCUGGGAGAAGUUGGGCAUGCGGUGCAAUAUUUCAGUAAGUGCUUGGAAUCAGGGAGCGAUGUGUGCUUGGAUAGGAGAAUUACAAUUGAAGCUGCUGAUGGCAUACAAAAGGCUCAGGUACCACAUUAUCUUUAUUUUAAGUUUUGA